AACCACGGUCCUGUGACUCCACGCAGGUUCCCAGGACACGCCUUUUACUUUGUUACUGAACCGAUCAGCGAACACAGACAAACCUGCCAACACUUAAGUCUACUGGCUGGAUUUCAUCUCCAUGGCAACAAGCAUGGAAGUAAACAAGAUAUUAAGAUAAUGUUUUCCCUCUGAGGCCGAGAGGUGACUCCAGCAGGAAUUCUGAAGAGCCAUAAUGAUGUGACAGUGAAUAAUGAGUAGUACCUACUGUGGCAACUCUUCAGCUAAGAUGAGUGUCAACGAAGUAUCAGCUUUUUCAUUGACUCUGGAGCAAAAAACUGGCUUUGCUUUUGUUGGGAUUUUGUGCAUCUUCUUGGGACUUCUUAUUAUUAGAUGCUUCAAAAUCCUGUUAGAUCCGUACAGUAGCAUGCCUUCUUCUACAUGGGAAGAUGAAGUUGAAGAAUUUGACAAAGGGACCUUCGAAUAUGCACUCGCGUGAGAGUUCCACCUUUACGGUUUUUAGGGUUAUGCCACUGAGACCCAUGGAAGAUAUCAUUGUAAUCUCCUCAAGCAUGCUGGAAGAGGCUCAUUUCAUUCACUAAUUCAAUAAACAUGUGUGGCUGGCCAAGUCAUCUAAUCUCAAUGGACUUCAGUGAGGAAGUUAACCAGAGGAUUUUUAGAGUUCCUUUCAAUUCUGGUGCCCUGUGAACUCUGUGAACAUGUCUGGAAACCCAGAGAUCUGAAAUGAAUGAGGAUUUAAGAUGUCAUGAAAAGUUUUUCAGCUUAGGAGUCUAAAUUCUGUGAUUUGAAUUCUAAUGUUGACUUAGCCGAGACUCUUUAUGCCUAGAAAGUUGUCUAAGGGGAACCUUUCCACAUCUGUAAAAACAAGGAUAAAGAAACCUAUCCUGCAUAUCUUUCAGGAAUGUUGAGAGGACCGAGUGAUGUAUAAUGAAUGUGAAAGCAAUUUGAAAACCAUAAAACAUUGUGGAAACA